UGUAAAGUGCAGGUUUCAGCAGGCUGGAGCUCACACACCAUUGUCCUCUCAGAUCCCGGAGUGUGUGCGCGUGUGUAUAUGCAUAUUCUCACUGCAGCAGUGCUGAUUCUGCGCUGAGGAAUUCCCAGUUCGGAAUGUGUGUUCGAAAGAGGGAUAUUAUGCUUGCUUGGGAUCUAUAACAGAUACUCGCUGCACUGGAGCUGGUUCAGGACAAUCUGUACCGUAUGCAGGAAAAACUCAUUGCGGAGAGCUGCUCUAUGUGUGUGUGUGUGUUUGUUAAGCCAUGCGGUCGGAGCGCAUGAGUCGUGUGUGUAUCGUAGUGUUGGAGGAGGUGGACGAUGAAGAGCCAUCCCCUCUCCAUUCCAAAAGCACCCAGGACCACAUAUCCCAGAAUUCCUCUCAGGACGAGAAGCCUUCUCUGAUAAAAGCAAUAUUUAAUGUGGAUCCAGAUGAAGUUCGUUCUCUAAUAUUCAAGAAAGAAGAUGUCAAUGUACAGGACAGUGAGAAGAGAACGCCGCUCCAUGCCGCAGCAUACCUGGGCAACUUUGAGAUUAUAGAACUGCUUAUUCUGUCAGGGGCGAGAGUAAAUGCCAAAGAUAACAACUGGCUCACUCCUCUUCAUCGGGCAGUAGCUUCCUGUAGUGAGGAGGCUGUAAAGGUGUUGUUGAAGCACUCGGCAGAUGUCAAUGCGCGGGAUAAAAAUUGGCAGACGCCGCUGCACGUGGCCGGGGCCAAUAAGGCGGUACGGUGUGCCGAGGCGUUACUCCCAUUGCUAAGCAACGUCAACGUGUCGGACCGUGCUGGACGUACAGCUUUGCACCACGCCGCCUUCAACGGCCACCUAGAGAUGGUUCAGCUGCUGGUGUCCAGAGGCUCAAACAUCAACGCAUUUGAUAAGAAGGACAGACGAGCUGUCCACUGGGCCGCUUACAUGGGUCAUCUAGAGGUGAUGAAGUUGCUGGUUUCUCAUGGUGCUGAGGUUUACUGUACAGAUAAGAAAUCUUACACUCCUCUUCAUGCUGCUGCCUCCAGUGGAAUGAUCAACGUGGUAAAUUACCUGCUGAAACUGGGUGUCAAUAUUAACGAGCCGAAUGCGUAUGGAAACACUCCUCUGCAUUUGGCGUGUUAUAACGGGCAGGAUGCUGUGGUGAAUGAACUGAUAGAAGCAGGUGCUGAUGUCAAUCAAGUGAACGAGAAAGGCUUCACCCCGUUGCACUUUACCACUGCCUCCCGCCAGGGGGCGCUCUGCCUCGAGCUACUUGUGGCCAACGGCGCCAAUGUCAACAGCAAGAGUAAUGAUGGUAAAACUCCUCUCCACAUGGCGGCCAUUCGUGGACGAUACUCUCGAUCACAAGCUGUUAUUCAGAACGGAGCAGAGAUCGACUGUGAGGAUGAGAACGGUAAUUCUCCGCUUCAUAUAGCGGCUCAUUACGGCCAUGAGCUGCUCAUCAACACUCUCUUAAUGAACGGUGCGGACACUGCCAAGCGGGGCAUCCACGGCAUGUUUCCUCUGCAUCUGGCGGCGCUGAGCGGCUUUUCAGACUGCUGCCGGAAACUGCUCCCCUCAGGUUUUGACGUCGACACGCCGGAUAAUUUUGACAGGACGUGUUUGCAUGCAGCAGCAGCAGGAGGGAACCUUGAAUGUCUUAAUCUGUUGCUCAACACUGGGGCAGAUUUUAACAAGAAAGACCGAUUUGGGAGGACACCGCUGCAUUAUGCUGCAGCUAAUUGUAACUAUCAGUGUUUGUUUGCUCUGGUUGGUUCUGGUGCCAGUGUGAACGAGCGAGACAUCAGAGGCUGCAGUCCACUGCACUACACUGCUGCAGCCGAUGCAGACGGAAAGUGUGUGGAGUAUCUGUUGAGGAAUGAUGCAAAUCCAGCUCUCAGGGAUAAAGAGGGAUACAGCGCGGUUCACUACGCCUCCGCGUACGGACACAGACUCAGUCUGGAACUGAUUGCCAAUGAAACUCCAUUAGAUGUGCUAAUGAACACCUCCACAUCAGGCAUCUUAAACAACACAGAUGUCCAGCCUCCCAUCAGCCCUUUACACUUAGCAGCUUAUCACGGUCACCAUCAUGCUCUUGAGUUUCUUGUUCAGUCUUUGUUGGAUCUGGAUGUGAGGACACUUCAGGGUCAGACCGCCCUGAGUCUCGCUUCGUUUAAGGGUCAUGCGGAGUGUGUGGAUAUUCUGAUCAAUCAGGGAGCUUCUGUACUUCUGAAGGACUACACACACAAGAGAAGCCCUAUACACUCUGCAGCAAUAAACGGUCACUCUGAAUGUCUGGCUCUGCUUCUCAAUAACACCGAUCAGCACACAGCCGUCAAUAUACGCGAUGGAAGGGGGCAGACUCCUCUGAUGUUGGCAGUUCUGGGUGGACACACUGAUUGUGUGUAUCUUCUGUUGAGUAAAGGAGCCAGUGUGGAGGCCAAAGAUAAAUGGAGCAGGACGGCGCUCCAUCGCGGGGCAGUAAUGGGUCACGAGUCUUGUGUUGAGGCUCUGCUGCAGCACAGAUCCAGUGUGUUGGUGCAGGAUAGUAGGGGGCGCUCUCCUCUGCACCUUGCAGCUGCUUGUGGGCACAAGGGCGUCCUGCAGGCCCUUUUGAAAGCAGUCCAGUCCCUGAAGACCAUCCCGUCACUCAAGGACAACUGCGGCUACACACCUCUGCACUGGGCGUGUUACAACGGUCAUGACACCUGUGUAGAGCUGCUCGUAGAACAGGAAGUCUUUCACAAGUUGGACGGAAACUCCUUCAGUCCGCUACACUGUGCUGUAAUUAAUGAUAACGAGUCCACCGCAGAGAUGUUGAUUGAAACGUUGGGUCCAGCGAUCGUAAAUGCCACAGACUUGCAGUCCAGAACACCCCUGCAUGCCGCUGCGUUUACGGAUCACGUGGAGUGCUUAAAUCUUCUGCUGGGUCACAACGCUCGGGUGAACUCCAUCGAUGCGCUGGGCAAAACACCACUGAUGAUGGCGGCUGAGAAUGGCCAAACUAAUGCCGUAGAGGUUUUGAUGAGCAGUGCAAAAGCAGACCUCACUAUACAGGACGCAAACAAAAACACAGCACUGCAUCUCGCCUGCAGCAAGGGGCAUGAAACCAGUGCCUUGUUAAUUCUCGAGAAAAUCACAGAUCGAAAUCUCAUCAAUUCCACAAACACAGCCCUGCAGACGCCUUUGCACAUCGCGGCUCGUAGCGGUCUGACAGUGGUCGUGCAGGAGCUGUUGGGUAAAGGAGCCAGCGUUCUCGCCGUGGAUGAAAACGGUUACACUCCAGCUUUGGCUUGCGCCCCGAACAAAGAUGUGGCCGACUGUUUGGCACUGAUACUCGCCACCAUGUUGCCUGUUUCUCCCAGCAGUACUGGCACCAUGUCGAGCCUCACGUUUGCCAACAUUAACCACUACUCCUGCCAGUCUAAGACUGUGACCUCUGACCCGUUACCCAUGCUGCGGUCUGAGCACGUCCCCUAUCAUAACUUCAACAGCAUGGGGUGCGAGGACGGCCUCAUCAUCCCUGAUGACGAACUCAAUGAUUCAGACUCGGAAACGUACUGACGGCACGACCCUGUCCCGCCCCCAGUGUCUUAAGAUAACAGCCCAUUGAGCGAAUGGUGACUACAAUAAUUUGGGUUGUUCCUUUAUGGUCUGUGUGGCCAAAGUCUCAGGAAUGAGCGGAAAAACUGGAAAAUAAGUGGCACAGAAACUGCAAUUUUUGGGUUGACCAGGAUACCGGUCUGGUUUCUGUUUUAUUUUUUUCUCUCUCUCUCUACAAUAGCAAUGUUUAAAUGAACAUUUCAUACUAAAGUGAAAAUUCUGCCAUCAUUUGCUCAUCCUCAUGUUGUUCCGAACCUGUAUUACUUUCUUCCGUGGAACACAAAAGGAGAUGUUAGGCAGAAUGUUCAUGCUACUUUCUUUCCAUGUAAUGAAGGUGAAUGGGUAAUGGGUAUGUCCAAAAUGACAAAAAAGCACCAUAAAGUUCUACAAUAACAAAAAAGCACCGUUAAAGUUUUAUAAUAUCCAAAAAUGACAAAAAAGAAGUGCGGUUAAAGUUCCACAAUGACAAAAAACUUCAAAAAGCUCCAUGAAAGUUUACUAAAAAAACGUUCUGGCUUUCUUCAUACCUCACGGAUCGACAGUUUUACAUUUCAAUGUAGGAUUAUCCAUCGCCUACUGUCUCCCUGAAAUUAGGUGUCCCUCAGGGAUCAGUUCUUGGACCUCUACUAUUCAUUAUAUAUAUAUAUACUGCCUUUGGGUCAACUCAUUCAUCGCCACGGUUUCAGUUACCACUGUUAUGCUGAUGAAAUUCAAAUAUGUACAGCUUGUAGAUCUGCUCCCACUCUCCAGACCAGUCCACUAUCAGCAUGUGUAAAUGAAAUUAAAAAAUGGCUUAACUCCAACAUCCUAAAAUUGAACACGGAUAAAACAGAGAUCAUUAUUAUUGGAACAACAACACUUAUGCAAAAAUUCUUUAUGGCUUUAGUUGUGAUAUUGAUGGCACUUUCAUUAAACCAUCCAGUACUGUUAAAAAAUGUAGGUAUCAUCUUUGAUCCCUCCCUCACUUUUGAAGCUCAUAUUAACUCCGUCUCUAAAACUGCCUUCUUUCACCUUCGCCGCAUUGCUCGCCUUCGUCCCUUUAUCAGUCUCAAAGAUGCCGAAACACUGGCUCAUGCAUUUAUAUCCUCACAGCUUGACUACUGCAAUGCCCUCUUCAUUGGCUUACCUGCUAACUCUAUUGCUAGGUUGCAAUAUAUUCAACAUUCUGCUGCGAGAAUUCUUACACAUACCAAGCGCUCAGCUCAUACUCCAUUCCUGUCUGAACUUCACUGGUUAUCAGUUUCGUUUUGCAUCAAAUAUAAAAUAAUCCUGCUUACAUUUAAAUCACUUCAUGGUCUGGCUCCUCGCAAUCUUAGUGAAUUGCUUCUCCCCUACAACCCGCUCGCUCAGGUCUUCUGGGUCCGGACUCUUUUCUGUCCCUAGAGCUCGCCUCUCUACUAUGGGAGUUAGGUCAUUCAGCGUAGUAGCACCCAAUAUAUGGAAUUCACUCCCUCUGACUCUUCGCAGCAUCUCUUCUGUCUCUGAGUUUAAAUCUCAACUUAAAACUUUUUUGUUUUCUCAGUGUUAUUUGUCUUAAUGAGUUAUGUAUUCACUCUCAAUGACUGUACUACCUGAACUGUGCUUUUGUGACUGUUCUUUGUUUAUGUAUUAUUGUGUUACUAUUGUAAAGCAUCCUUGAGCUCUGGAAAGGUGCUAUAUAAAUUAAACAUAUUAAUAUUAUUAUUAUGAUUAUUAUUAUUAGAAUAACAAAAAAAAAAGGUCACAAUUACAGAAAAUUACUAAAAAAAAUAACAUUUUUAAAAAGCAAUAAAAGUUCCGUUAUGACAAAAAAAUUACAAAAAGCACUGUAAAAGUUCAGUAAUGGCAAAAUGUUCCACUGACAAAUUUACAGCAAAAAGAAUCGUAAAAGUUGCACAAUGACAAAAAAAUUACACAAAAAGCCAUGCAAGUUCUGCAAUGACAAAAAAUUACAAAAAACACUGUUAAAGUUACACAAUGACCAAACAUUUAAAAAAAAAAAAAGCAGCAAAAGUUCCACAAUCUCAAAAAAAAUCACAAAAAAGAGCCAUGAAAGUUCCGCAAUGACAAAAAAACAAUGUAAAAGUUCCACAAUGAACAAGAAUGACAAAAAAGCACCAAAAAGUUCCACAAUGACAAAAAAUGUCUUGCAAAAGUUGUCCAUGACUUGUACGCUUUAUCUGACAUCUUUUGAAGCUGUACGAUAGCUUUGUGUGAGGAUCAGACUGAAAUUAUAGUCGUUAUUUACUGAAAAUCUCCCCUCUGCUGUAGCUCUCUUAUAAAAUAUGACACAAUUGAAAUCAAUGGCGUUUGGCGUCAAAGCUCACAAAAACUAAUGUUGUUUGGCAUCCCUUUUGUAGUCCAUACAACUUUUGUUGUCUAGUUCGUAGCUCUGGCUGAAGGAAAUUUGAUGGUGCUUUUGUGAUCAUUUGUGGAGCUUGACAGCAUCCGCUUUCACAUUGAUUAUAGGGAAAAGAGUGCAUUUUUCAUCAUUUACUGUAUUAUUUUGUGUUGCACGUAUUAAAGAAAGUCAGAUUGGUUUGGAACAUCAUCAGGGUGAGAAAAUAAUGACAAUAUUUUAAUUUUUGUGGUGAACUCUACUCUUAAAUUGUUCAAGAAUCACUAGUAUACAUUAUUUCAGAGCCAGAUUCUCCUUGUUUUCCAUUAAGCUCAUCUUGACAGCUGGGGAACCGUAAUUCCCAUUACAUAAAAUGUGAGGAGACAUGAUAAACUGAAGACGUCAGGGACCAAGAGCUGCAGAAUUCUUCUUGAGCUUUACUUUUAGCCCCGCUUGUGCAUGAAGACUGAAUCUAGGUUUGCAUUAUCAUCAAUUAUUUAUUAUAAAAAUAUAAAAAGCAAAAAGACAGACAUGCCUUCAGGAUUCAAACUGAGCAUUUAUUCCUCUGUGAUUAUGAGGAAUUGCAGCAUUCAACCUGUUGUACCUCCGUGAAGAUGUGUGUUUAUGUGUGUGACUGAAUUUGAAUGGUUGUGUGUGUGUGUGUGAUUCUUUUAUAUAAGUUCAAAGACAAUGGAAAGAUCAAGUGUUGACCUGACCUUUUGGUACAUUAAGAUUAUUAAUAGUUAUGUGCUUCCACUAAGUCUAUUUCUGCACUUAAGAUCAGAUUAUAACUGGACAUAAUUAAAGCAAAUGACAAAAAACAGUUGCAGUAGUCAGUGUAUCGAGCAGUGUUGUAGUACUCGAGACCGGACUCGGUCUCGAGUCCGAGUCCAAGACCACAUUUUCAAGGACUUGGUCUUGUCAUGGACUCGUGAGUAAUUUAACUUUGGUAACUUUGAGAGACUUCCAUUGGUGCAGUGUCUAGUUAAUAAGGGGCUGUUCACACCAAACGUGGUGUUGCUGUUUUUCAGUUGUUUUUCUAUGUUAACAUGCUAAACGGAUGUCUUCGACCAUUGCAUUAUGUAUCGCUGUGUUUUUGCCGUCUCGUGCAGGAGCGCCACAUGUUCUUUAGUCAAGUUAAAAACGUGAUAUUUAGAUCAUUUGGCGUAAGCCCUGUCCUCUGGUUCAGAGCUCAGAUACUUGCUCAAAACGUCAGAUCCUGCCGGCAGGGACGAGGUGAUUACACCUACGGCAGGACGGGACCUAAACUGGUGGUGAUGGGGUGAUGGGGGGAUGAAAACAACGAGGCAUUACGAAACGAUGAAGGAGCUGUGUGAGCACAUAAAGCAGAUGCUGGAUUGUGAUUGGUUGAGAUGCCUGAUUGAAUGAAAGCAUGAAUGCACCUUGAUGCUAGAAUUACUGCUUACGCUUCCAUUUCUAUCGAUGUCAUCAGAACUGAAUUGUUUCUGAAAAAAAAGAAGACUUACAAUGAAUUAAAUAUAGUUGUGCAACUGAGGAAAUUGUUAACAAAUUGAAUGUAAAUGUUUAUAUUCACUUUCUGUGUAAACAUUGUCAUAUUUUAUACAUUAUUGUUUGUUUUUUUGGCUCAUUUUAGUUAUAGUACAGUAAUUAUAUAUUGCAGAAAUGUUCACUUGAAUGGAAUAUAAUACUGUAGUGUACAGAAGCUGGUAGUUUGUAUUGACAUGCUAAGCCACAUAGGCACUUUGAACCUUUAAUUGAAAUUUUUCGCUGACAUUUUGUUAACAUUGACAUGUCGUAAUUGUAAUAACAGUUUGUUCAUUUAACCUAGGAUGUGCCAUUUCUUAAAUUUUUAUUCUCAACUGGCAAUAUUGUUUUACCAACAUAAGCUUCAGAAAAUAAUAAAUGAGGUUUAUUUAAUAUA